AUGGCCUCUAUCACUUUCAACGAGCCGUGUGCAACCUGUCAGGGUAUCGUCGAUAUUAUCAGCCAUCCGGGAUGGCACAAAGAUCUUGUCCAUCACGAAUCACUAGCAUCUCUAGAGAACUCUUCCGAGCAGUUCUGCGGGAUACGUUCGGAAAAUCUCGGAUACAUACAAAGGGAGUUCGCUGGUUACUUGGAGACAUUGUUCCCAAUCAAAUGCGAGUCUGAUACUUCGUCAGCAAGCUGGCGAACACGCGGCGUACAAACCCGCUUCUGUACUCAAAAUCAUGUUCGGUGCAACGCAACUAUUCCCGGACGCUGGUUCCCGUCGCGGGUGCUGGAUGUCGGCAUUUCCAAUGACGAUCGCGUACGAUUAGUGCAUCGUAAUGACAUCUCUUCUGGACAGCCUUACGCAACUCUUUCUCAUUGUUGGGGAACCUCUUAUAUGCCAAAAGCGGACCGCUCGAAUUUACAUCAAUUGGUGGCAGGCAUUGAUUCAUCAUACUUCAUGAAAACGUUCUUGGAAGCAAUUAGCAUCACUCGAAAAUUGGGCCUUCGUUAUCUCUGGAUUGAUUCUUCGUGUAUCAUACAGGACGACAAGGACGAUUGGAACAAUGAAGCCAGUCUCAUGAGCCUUGUGUAUAGGUACUGCUUCAUCAAUAUAGCUGCCACAGGGUCACCGAACCCCACCGGAGGUUGCUUCUGGGACAGAAACCCACGAGCUAGGUACCUUACCGUAUGCGAACCUAACGUGUGGGCUCAGAAGAUCACACAUGAACCGCUAAAUCAACGUGCCUGGGUACUUCAGGAGCGUAUUCUUUCGCCACGUGUUCUUCACUUCGGCCGAGAGCAGCUUUUCUGGGAAUGCAGGCAAUUUGUUGCCUGCGAGACAUACCACCAAGGUCUCCCCGAUAGUGUGCGUGGGCACACAUCCAUCGAUAUCAAAAGACUACAACUCGGCGACGAGACAAGAGACGACCGCUGGCCAGCAAAAUACAAUUCGCAAAUUCCACCGGGUAUCAGCCCUUCGAGAAGACUCUUGAACGCUAUCAAAGCAACGUUUGCGCCUUCCGCGUCGGUUUUGCAGGAUUGGGAUGCGAUUGUUGAAUUGUACACCGCGUCCCAAAUCACCUUUGAUUCUGACAAACUCCCAGCUGUGGCAGGUCUUGCUAGCAGUGUGUCCGUUGUUGAACCGGGCGAACCUGGGGACGGCUAUCUCGCAGGCCUGUGGCAGUCUUCUUUGCCUGCAUACUUCCUAUGGGAAACUACGAAAAACGAAUUGUCGCGCGCCUUAACAACGCGUCCGGGACAACUGAUCGCGCCGACAUGGUCCUGGGCUUCAGUCAGAGGCAAGAUCUCACUCACAGCUUGUCAACACAACUACAACUCCAACGACUACCUAACGGUUCUCCAGGAGGCUGUAAUGAAUAACCAUUACGGUUAUCGCUUCCAUAGAGUGUUUAAUGAGUACGUCAAACGUUUUGGCCCAUUAGCCUCGAUCUUCCCACAACAACUCGGCAGCCAUGUUCCGGUAUCAGUUACACCGGACAGCUCGUCUGUUUCUGAAAUCUUUUUUGACACAGCGGUAGACGGCACGCCAUCUCUAGAAAGGUCAGAAUGCACCGAUAUCACACCAGAGGACCAGGUACUCACGCUCCUACCCAUUAUUGGGGUCAAGAAGAGAAUCGCGCACGAAAAUGAAACAGUCAUUGGAUUGGUAUUGAUACCAGCCUGGCAUGGGACGGGAAAAUACGAAAGAGUCGGCAUUUUCUAUACCAUGAGAUUGCAGGUCGGGCGAAUUCUUGCAAACAUGCCCCGGCGAUCUGUCACGAUUAUUUGA